AUGGCCAUGAGAAGGGCCCAUUCCAGAGCUCUGCUGAUCAUCUCGGUGCUGUGCUUGCUCGGCAUCGGCCUGGAUUUCGUGGCACCGGACAUCAGCAUCAUCGAGGGGCUUCAGGAAAUGAGCAUUCUGUCUGAGCAGAUGGGGAAUGUGAUGGCUGACGCUGGAGUUGGCGAAGCGAUUGCAAGCGAAACUGACCAAGCACAGGCCACACAACUGGUCCUGGCGCUAGUCUCUGGCACUGGUGCAAUGCUGGGAGCACGCAGACGGCAGAUUCGCAAGACACGUGAACAAGAGGACGAGAUGUCCAAGACUCGACCAAUCGGAUCAUCCUGCGAUAGAUUGGAAUUCACAUUAAAGCACAUUACAGACGACGACCCGUCUUCGCUCAAGGAGAGGACUCCCAGAACCGAGAACAACUCAAACAUCCACCGAUGGUGGAACGUUGAUCUCCCGCUGCCCACCCCGACUAGACUGGGAGAUUCCAUGGAAAAGCUGCUGGCAGACAGCAACACGCGCAAGUGUCCUGAGCGGCAAGAGGCUCAGGGUCCGGACACGGCCGAGGGCUACAGGAUCGUCAAUCCUUCGCAAGUUGAUGUGAGAAGCGCUGCUGGAGUACGGCCCUGUCGCUAUCACAUCAUAGAUUCUGGUCUGCUACCGGAUGAAGAGGGAGGCAAGAGCAGCGGCUAUUCGAGCUUACCGAUCCCAGUCGCCCAGCGGAGGGUGCCGAGCAACGCUCGCAAAUCUGGUGGAUGGCUUGGCAUCUGCAGGAGCAGAGAUGUGCCCGCAGACAGAUUGGCUAACCGGGCAAGGACGUUGAUCCCUUUCGUGUACUUCCUGCAUUUGCUGGGCUUCACCAUGCAAGGACCCAUCCUGCCAGCCCUGAGGGCACACUUCCACCUCCGUGCUUCUGAGACCGGCUUGAUCACCUCAGCCUUCCCGACUGGUAUGCUCGUGGCACUGUUCUUCUAUCCACGCCUUAGUGAUGUUUGGGGCCGCAAGCCGGUGCUGUUGGUGUGUUUGACUGGCGUCGGCGUGGGCUUCUUGCUGCAGACCUACGCCCUGAAGCUUGACUGGUCCUUCCGGACUUUCCUCAAGCUCCGCAUCCUCAGUGGGACGUUUGCCGGAGCAGCUGUUGUGAUCAAGGCAUUCAUGGCCGACCUGCAACCGGAAAUCAUGCUCCGGGCCGUGGCCAAUCGAGAGGCCGCAGCCACUCUGGCCUUCAUUGUGGGUCCGAUGUUGGGAGGGCUGAUCUACGGCUAUGGGUCGGGCGGCAUCCUACGUGUAACCUUCUGCGCUGCCCUUAUGCAAUUGGCUGCUGCCUGGCUGGUUCAUCAAUUCCUGGAGGGCAUGCCGCCGCCGGGCGGCGAAGUUCCAAAGGGGGAGUCAGAGAACACCACACGCGAACUACCCUCAUUUGGAUUGGCAUCGAUUCUAUUGUGCAAUCUCAUUCUCAUCCACAUUCUGUACACCUGUGGCGCAGCAGUUUUCGACAGCUUCUUCGGCGUCUGGUGCAUUGACACCUUCGGAUGGACCCCAGCCCGGCUGGGCUCAGCACUAACCGCUGCGGCGUGCUUCGCAUUUUGCACCAAUGCCUUCGGAUAUCGGAGGUACAUGCUGAAUCCAACGCGGACGGUCGCUGGUGCUGUUAUCGGCCUUGCAUCCAUCGGCUUGUCUUUCGCUGCUAUGAGCAUUGCCAAGAAGCCCCUGGUUGUGAUGGCUAUUCUUUUCUGCCAAUCAUUUGGAAUCACGUUCUUCAACCCCAGCGUGAACAUCCUGAUUGCGCGGUGCUGCCCAAGGGGCAGCCGAGGUGUGAUCUUCGCCACGGACUCCAUCGCCUGCUCCCUGGGGCGCAUCUGCUCGCCAAGCAUUGCCGGCCACUUCUAUGAUCUGGGCCCUGGAGCCGCUUUCCGGGUCGUCUCCUGGGCGCUGAUGACUGCGGCAGGCUUGAUGGCUUCGAAAUGGCGUCUUCUGAACAGCUUGAUCCGGACACGAUAG